UGCUGAAUAUUUUGCGUAUUAUAUUGGAAAUGAUCCUCAUCCUGAUUGGAAGAGUAUUUUUGAGGGGAAGAAAAGAUUACGUAUCGGUUUCUUGCAUAUAUUCCGCGUGUGUGCUAUUCUAAUGUUUCUAUGAUUUUGUUGAGGUGCUAUUGAUAUUUUAAUGUUUCUCGGUUCAUCUGAUUUAUUCGAUGUGAGCGAGUUUAGGGUGAGAUUUUUUGGGUUUUUUUUAGCUUUCCGGGGUGGUUUGGAAUACUGAUUUGUUUACUCUCAUUUUAAUUCUUGUUUAUUGUUACCAGAAUGUUGUUUGCAGUGAUUUUAGCCUUUACUGAAAAUUAUUUUAAUGGAGAUGUAGAUUGUAGCAAACCUUGUUGGAAUCUAAGGGAGUGAUUGGUUAAUCAUGGAGGCCAAAGUUUUGCAAGGGCUGCAUCUCUCAACCUGGAUGAAUCCAGAAAUUAUUUCAAGAAAGUCCAGAGAUUCCUUGCCCUUUUGGUGGAACAAAGUGGAUCGAAGUUCAUGUCGAAUGUCAUCUUUCCGAUAUCUUAGUCAAAGGGGAAGAUUCCAUGAGCCUCUGGCUUUAAAGGUCUUGUGUACUUCUGAGAACAAUCCAGCUUCAGUUCUGGAGGUUGGCAAAAUUUCAGAAUCUGUUGAUGAAUCGAAGAUCAUGAAGAAAAAAUCAGAAGAGAUUCAACGAUUUUUGAAUGGGCGAUGUAUAUAUCUUGUUGGAAUGAUGGGAUCUGGAAAAACAACAGUGGGCAAGGUUUUGGCAGAGGCCCUCGGAUAUUCAUUUUAUGACUGUGAUGCACUGAUAGAGGAGGCAGUAGGCGGGUACUCUGUUGCUGAAAUAUUCAAGUCAUAUGGUGAGAACUUCUUCAGAGAUAAUGAGACUGAGGUAUUGUAUAAGCUGUCUUCAAUGCAUCGAUUGAUUGUAUCCACUGGCGGUGGUGCUGUGGUUCGACCCAUCAAUUGGAGACAUAUGGGAAACGGCAUCACGGUUUGGCUAGAUGUACCUUUGGAAGCGCUUGCACGAAGACUUACAGCAUCUGGAACAAAGUCCCGGCCACUUUUGCAUCAUGAAUCUAGUGAUCCUUAUGGAAAGACCAUGAAAUUGCUAUCCGACCUAUUUGAAGAGAGGGGCGAAGCAUAUGCGAAUGCCACCGUGCGAGUUUCUUUUGAAGAUAUCACGGCCAAACUUGGAUAUGAAGAUGCUUGUGAUCUCACCCCAACUGUAAUUGCUAUCGAGGUGCUCGGACAAAUCAAGAGUUUCUUGCUGCAACAGCAGGGAUGAUUCAUCGAUGUUUUUGCCUUAAACUCUGCAAGUUUCUUUCUUUCUUUAUGUUAAAUGGUAUGAACAAAUGAAUUAUGAGGCCCAUAUGUAUAAUGUGGAGCUUGUGCAAUCUGUACUGUACAUAUAUUUUGGAUUGCUGUUAGAAUCAUUUGCAGAAUUA